AUGAAAGGACAAAGAAAACAUAGAGCUGUUGAAGGAAAUGAAACACCAGCAAGUAAAAGUCGAUUACCUCUUGAAAAGGAGAUGGAAGAAGCUCAAAAAACACACAAAUCAGUACGAGUAAAAAGUAAAAAAGUCGAAAAACAAGAUGAAGCAGUCUUAAAUGAGCAAGAAUCAAAAAAAAUUGUUAAGUCAGCAAUGAAACAAUUAAAAGAAGAAAAAGAUGCAAUGGAAGAAGAAAAAGUGAAUGAACAUCAACAAAUUGAAGAAUUAGAACAAGAUGAAGCACAAAUGAUGGAAAUGGAAGACCUUGAAAGUGAUGAUUUUGAAGAUAGUGAAGAUGAUAAAGAUAAUGAAGAAUAUGAUGUUAAUAUUGAUGAAGAAACAAAGAAACUUCUUUCAGCAUUUUCUCAAGAUGUUCAAGUGGUUGAUGUUAAUACAAUGAUUUCACAACAAUAUGAAGAUAUUAAGAAAGAAGAAAAGAAAGAAAAACAAAAAGAACAAAAUAACCAAAUAGAAGGAAAAGAAAAGACAAUAAAAGAAAAAGUUUAUCCACAGAAAGUUAAAAAGAUUUUUGAAGAACUUGGAACUUUUCUGAGUCAUUACCAUGUUGGAAAAUUACCAAGAGUUUUUAAAUUACUUCCAUCAUUUGAAGAAUGGAUUCCAUUAUUACAAAUGACUAAUCCAUCACAAUGGACUCCACAUAGUUUAUUUGCAGCAACACGUUUAUUCCUUCAUACAACUAAUUCAGAAACAGAACAAUUCUUCAAAGUCUUUUUAUAUCCAAUUAUCAGACAUUCAAUUCAUCAAAACAAAAAAUUACAUUUUCAAGAAUAUUUAGCACUUAAAAAAGCAGUUUACAGACCACAAGCAUUUUUUAAGGGGUUAAUUUUCCCUCUUUGUCAAGAGAAAGAUGUCACUCUUAAGGAGGCUACAAUCAUUGCAUCUAUUUUACACAAGGUUUCUAUUCCUUCAAAACACAGCGCAGUUGCACUUUAUAAAUUGUCAACAAUGGAAUACAAUUCUACUCAAGCUCUGUUUUUGAAAACAUUAUUAGAUAAAAAAUACUCUCUUCCAUAUGCUGCUCUUGAUGCUGUUGCUAAUUAUUAUAUUGGAUUUAUUGAUAAGAAAGUUGAUACACCACUAUUAUGGCAUCAAGGAUUGUUAGUUUUUGUUCAAAGAUAUUCCAAAGACUUUAAACCACAACAAGUCCAACAAUUAUUACGUUUAUGUCAAGUUCAUAGGCAUCACGCAAUUACCCCAUUAGUUAUUGUCCAGUUACAGAAACAAAAGGAUUGA